AUAUGCAGAAUUAUUUAUGGCCGGCUUCAACUCAAACCAACCGCAUGUCCCUCGUCUUCCUCAUCUUUCAUAUUAUACUCUAACCCAGAUAAAACCAAAACCCAUAAACCCUAAACUUGGGAGUUGCAUUUUCUCAUUCAUUAAUGGCGUCAAUUAAUUUCAACCCAUUCAACAACAAUUGGUUCAACAAACCACCUUCAACACCAUUUCAACCAAUUAAUCUCCUAUCCCAUUUUAAUUCCCUAAAAUGGGAACCCCAUCAGCAUUCCCUCCUUCCUUUUGCUUCCAUUUCAAAUCCAUUUUCAAGAAAACCCAAAACAUCUCCAGGUGGUCAUUACCGGAAAAUGCUGGAACAGUAUUAUUGGGAAUGCGAGACCCGACCCGACUUCCGACAUGCUCCAGAAGUUGAGCGGAUUCUCAACGAGGACGACCCGAUUUUCGAGAAGAAGGAGAACCCGACUCAGGAGGAAAUUGAGGAGAAUGACAAGUGGUUGGCUGAGUUUAGGGAAAGUCCAGUGGUACAGUUCUUGGCUCAAGCUGAAGAGAUUGCUGAUAAAAUCAAUGAACUUGAGCUUAAAGAGAAUUCCGCUCCUUAUCGAAGUGAAGAUAAGAAACUGUGGCAGGCAGUGCCAAAUGUCAUUGGAUUGGAUGGGAGGCCAAUGCCCAGAAAAGCCAUAAAGACGAAGAAGGAAUCAAAUGAUAAGUUUUGGGAUUUUGCAAGGCAGUUCUUUUUUGGGCUUUGGGGAUUUCGUCAACGACCAUACCCACCUGGAAAGCCCAUUGAUGCUGCACAGGCUAUUGGGUACAAAAAGCUUGAAAAGCGAUAUUAUGAUUUUAUUAUGCGGAGCGGUGGGUGGUUCUACAAGGAUCGAUUAGGUCGUUCUAGGGGACCCAUGGAAUUAAUACAGCUUAAGACUGCUUGGGGUGCUGGAAUCAUUGAUAAGCAUACCUUCAUUUGGGGUGAGGACAUGGAUGAAUGGGCGCCCAUUGGAAUGGUAUACGGUCUGGAAAAAGCAAUUGCCACUUGGGAAGUUAGACUAGGUGCUGCUGCUACUGCUCUCCUUCAUAAACUACAGAAAGGUAUACCUCCUUGGGUUCCUCUCAGAGGACAUGAGCCGAAGACAUAUAAGCAGAUGCAAGAAGAAGCUUAUGAAAGUAAAAGGCGUGAUUUGGCUGUGCUAGAAGCAAAUGGUGGUGUCUGGCCUGGUGUAAGGACUCCGAGUCAUGCCUUGUUUCUUUGGGCUAGUGGCUCAGAGCUGACAUCAAUUUUGGAGGCUGACCACAUGCCAAACAAAUAUAUCCCAAAAGAUCUCAGGAAAGAAUUAGAGAAGGUUAUUCCUGGAUUGAGGCCAUGGGAAGUUCUAAGUGUUGAACAAGCCAUGGAUCAAAUAACAUAUGGUGGUGAAUGGUACCGUGAGCCUUUUGGGACAUACACAACAGGCCCUCCAUAUAUUGAUGACUGGAACGGGGAUGUCAUGAGAUUGUUUGAGAUAUUCCAUGACCUCAGCGUCCAGGUAUACAACAAGCUGAACAGGACAGUUCCCGGUUUUGGUACAGUAAUGGAGAAAGUUCAAAUUGAUUCAGCUGCCAGACAAACUAGAAGGAUGCAGAAGAGGGCUGCAGAGAAGAGGGCCGAGGAGGAACUUGCUUUGUUUGGCCGUGUUCCAAGUGAUGAUGAGUAACAUUACUGGUUCAUCUUGACUACAUUUUGAACUCAAAAAGAUUCUGUAAAUCAAAAUUCAGAUGUCGACGCGUUGAUGGUCAUUAUCUGAUGCAAUUUAGGACUUGCUAGAUUUCACAUUUAACAGACUUCAAUGAGUUGAUAACCUUUCGGGUACGAGCACUUGAUACAUAUUGCAUAUAGGUUGCAAAUAGCAACACUAGCUAUUCCUUCUUUUAAUAUGACAGUCUCAAAUAUUCCAGCAGGUUUUUCUUCUA